UCCGCCCUGCCCUCUCUCACCUCCAGACUCCAAGACAUGUCCUGCUACGACCAGUGCCGCCCAUGCCAGCCCUGUGGCCCAACCUCGCUGGCCAACAGCUGCAAUGAGCCCUGUGUCAGGCAGUGCCAGAACUCCACCGUUGUCAUUGAGCCCCCUGCUGUGGUGGUGACCCUGCCUGGGCCCAUCCUCAGCUCCUUCCCGCAGAACACCGUGGUGGGCUCCUCCACCUCUGCUGCUGUUGGCAGCAUCCUCAGCUGUGAUGGAGUGCCCAUCACCUCUGGCUGCUGUGACCUCUCCUGCAUCACCAGCCACUCCUGUGGCAGCAGACUCUGCCCCUGA